AAUGCAACAAUGGAACCCACACAGUCAGUCACAUUUCAGUCAACUGAACGUAAAAAAUCCCAGUUUUGGAACCAUGGAACAGUACUGGAGCAGGUCCAGCCACAUUAACAGCCGAACGCACACCCUUGAAGGCCUCACACUCUCCAGCAACCAAGCUGUGAGGAGCAACGAACCCUCCAACGACGAAAUUGAGUACAUUGGAGAUCCGCAGCUGAUCGCCAUUGUGGGAGAUGAGGACACUUGCGUGGGGUUCCUCCUUGCUGGCAUUGGUCAAACUGAUGAAAGUUUUGGUCCGAACUUCAUAGUGGUCGGCCCAAAAAUGGACGAUUUCCAGCUAGAGUUGAUGUUCCUGGACCUGCUGGAGCGUCCCGACAUCGGGCUGCUGCUCAUCACUAAAGAGGCUGCAGGGAAAAUUCCGCAUGUGAUCGGCAGGCACACUGGCAUGAACCCCACUAUCAUGAUUAUUCCAGGCCAUAAUGGGCCUUUUGAGUUCGAUCUUCCGCUGGCAGUGAAAGAGAUUGAGGAGCGCAGGCAAGCCAAUGGGAGGAGCAGAAGUGGAUCCUUGGGCUCCUCAACGUCAGUGAAGACUAACGAGUCGAUCAAUGGAGGAUGUAUGGGGAAGAAAGUGUCCACGCACUCACUCAGGUCGGUUCUAUCGACGCGAUCCAUCUAAAUGGAGAGAAAAAGGACUCAACCCAAGAGGAAGCCACUCGGAUGGAAAACAUCCUUUACAGAAUUAUGAGGGUUUUUCCAUUGACCAAUAUCCAAUAAACUCCCAAGGCUGCGACAAACGCCACUUGCGAUAACACUCA